AUGGAGCACGGCGGGCAUGAACACGGUCAUGCUGACAAUGGUGGACAUGGCAUGGAUAUGGCUAUGUCGAUGGUCUUCACCGCGAGCACCAAGGUUACGCUCCUUUUCAGCUGGUGGUCAACGACCACAGUUACAUCAUAUAUCUUUACAUUGUUGUUUCUCUUCCUUCUCGCGUUGUUUAACCGUUUCCUGGGCAUUUUGAAGCUUCGGCUCGACCUGAAACGAGCCGAUCCAACCCAAGACCUAUUCAAAGUGCCCAAGUUGAAUUUGCCGCCGUCUCGCUGGCCUCGAAAUCGAAAGUCGAAGGGUCGUGUCAGUCCUCUCCCACGAGACGUGGAGAUUAAUGACGACGACACCGACCGUUACGGUGUUUUCCAUUCGGCUCCCCUUUUGGCACCCACCUCACAGCUCUACUCCGAAGAAUCGCACACCGUUGCUUCUCAUCGUACUUCGCUUGGCCCUUGCGGAAGAUGGAGUUUGCGGCAAGAUGGGACGAGCGCUCUACUUGAGGGGCUUCGCGCGCUCUUUGGGUAUGCAUUAAUGUUGGCGGUCAUGACAUACAACGUUGGUGUCCUUUGUGCUGUUCUUGCGGGUAUUCUGGUGGGCGAGCUGUUCUUGGGCCGUUAUUCUCCACCGUCGUCUGGGUGGCAGGAUGGAGCAUGUCAUGAUAGCUAG